AUGGGCUCCCCUCCAAAAGACAUCAGCGGUGCUGCCCGCAGCCUCUCAGACCAGGUCUCAACCAGCUUAAACCUCUCUGUCUCGCCGUCAGCAAACCGAGUAUCUCCUCUGUCCAGCUUCGAUGCCAGAGGCCGAAGGCAGGAAUCCACUGGCUUCCCGCCAAAGCUGCUGAAGCCGUUCGCUACUCAGGAUAUCAAGGUGCUGUUGCUGGAGAAUGUUAAUAUUACGGGACGCAGCAUGCUGUCGGAGCAAGGAUACCAGGUGGAAUUCCUCAAGUCCUCGCUGCCAGAAGACCAAUUGAUUGAGAAGAUCAGGGAUGUACAUGUCAUUGGCAUUCGAUCCAAGACGAAACUCACGGAGAGAGUGCUUCGGGAGGCCCAUAACCUGUUGGUCAUCGGCUGUUUCUGUAUCGGAACGAACCAGGUCGAUCUCCAGUAUGCUGCCAACCAUGGUAUUGCCGUGUUCAACUCCCCCUUCAGCAACUCUCGCAGUGUUGCCGAGCUGAUGAUUGCUGAAAUCAUCACUCUGGCCCGUCAGCUGGGUGACCGUUCCCUUGAAAUGCACAAUGGAACCUGGAACAAGCUCAGCAACAAGUGCUGGGAAGUCCGUGGGAAGGUUCUCGGUAUCAUUGGAUACGGACACAUUGGCUCCCAGCUUUCCGUUCUUGCAGAAGCCAUGGGUAUGACCGUCAUUUACUACGAUGUAGUUAACCUGAUGGCGAUGGGAACCGCCCGCCAGGUCCCCACGAUGCAAGACCUGCUCCAAACAGCCGACUUCGUGACCCUCCACGUCCCCGAACUGCCAGAAACCAAAAACAUGUUCUCUCACAAGCAGUUUGAACAGAUGAAAGAUGGCAGCUACCUGCUCAACGCCAGCCGCGGAAGCGUGGUUGACAUCCCUGCCUUGGUCCAGGCCAUGCGUACCGAGAAGAUCGCCGGUGCCGCUCUAGACGUAUACCCCAGCGAACCUGCAGGGAAUGGAGACUAUUACAACAAAAAUCUCGCACCGUGGGCUGCUGACUUGCGGGGACUGAAGAAUAUAAUCCUAACCCCGCAUAUUGGCGGUAGCACCGAGGAGGCGCAGAGUGCAAUUGGAAUCGAAGUCGGCCAGGCUCUGAUAAGAUAUGUCAAUGAGGGAACUACCCUGGGUGCCGUCAACAUGCCUGAGGUAACUCUCAGGUCCCUGACGAUCGAUGAGCCUAACCAUGCUAGAAUUAUCUUCAUCCAUAACAACGUUCCCGGUGUCCUGCGAAAAGUUAACGAAAUUCUUGGUGAUCACAACGUCGAUAAACAGAUGACCGACAGCCGAGGCGAUGUCGCCUACCUGAUGGCGGACGUUAGCAGCGUUGACUCUGAUAACAUCAAGGAUCUAUAUGAUCAACUAGAGGGACUCUCAUCCCGUAUCAUGACUCGCAUCCUUUUCUAA